AUGAGUUUUCUUGCAAAGCUUUCGCAACUCAAGAAACCAUCCGUGAAUGCCAACAAGGUAAAUCUGGAUGCAGGUAGAAAUCAAAAACGCGAUGUAGCAGUCGACCCACUGGGAUUAGAAAGUCGCUUGUUACCUCAAGAAUAUGUACGGCAGGAAGAUCCUGCUGUGAGGAGGCUCAAAGAACUACGACGCCAAGAGCAGAUCAAGAACGCUGCAAAAUCGGGGAAAAAGGCCCCUCCUCCGCCAACAAAUAGGAAAAAGAAGGAGCCCGCUGCCAACACAGAAACUAGAUUCCGCAGAAAGCCUGGUGAUUCAAAGAAAAGUACAGUAAGUGUCAAACCAACGGUACGAGCCCCUAUAAAAAAACUAAGCUUUGAAGAACUCAUGAAACAGGCAGAUGAACGAGCCAAGUCACCUGCUCCGAAUGCUGUUCCAGUACCCGACAAUGCGACAGCUAGUUUCUCUGCUGGACGAUCCAAGGGCCAGAAGUUACCAGGAGAUAAAUUAAAAAGCACCGCUAAAAAAUUCAAAGCCCGGACUAAUGUGUCACGUCCGCUUAAUAACCAGCGUUCCGUCCCCAGACUUCAGCCUUUAGGAGUGCCUGCCUCGUCCCUUGCCCAGCCUAAUCCCAGGCUGCGGCAUAAGUUAAAUGCAUUGAAGCAUCGCCGGCAAAAGGGUAGUUCUGACGAGGGGGAAGAUAUGGACGAUUUUAUAGAGGACGACGAGGCUGGGGAGGACUACAAUAGAGAUGAAAUUUGGGCUAUGUUCAACAAAGGCAAGAGGCGGAGAGAUUUCGAAAGUGAAGACGAAUCAGAUAUGGAAGCCAAUGAGAUGGAGAUUCUGGAGGAGGAGGAACAUGCCACCAGGAUGGCAAGACUCGAAGACAAAAAAGAAGAACAAUGGUUGAAGAAACAUGAGGAACAAAAAAGGAAAAAGCUUGAAAAGUUUUGA